AUGUCGCCUCAGAGCCAGGUCCCCCCCAACAGCAAGGGUUCAUGGACAAGUUUCCUCAAGUCGAUCGCCUCUUUCAACGGUGAUCUCUCCUCCUUGACUGCUCCUCCCUUCAUCCUGUCCACCACCUCCCUUACCGAGUACUCCGCGUACUGGGCCGAGCACCCCGCCGUUUUUGUGGCACCGGCUAAAGAGGCUGAUCCCGCCAAGCGUGCUCUGUUGGUCCUCAAGUGGUUCCUCAGCACACUGCGCCAGCAAUACUGCAGCCGUAGCGAGAAGCUUGGAAGUGAGAAGAAGCCCUUGAAUCCUUUCCUCGGAGAGCUGUUUAUCGGCAAAUGGGAGGGUGACGCGACAGUCGGCGAGACAACCUUGAUCAGUGAGCAAGUCAGCCACCACCCUCCGGCCACCGCCUAUGCGAUUCGCAACGAAAAGAACGGCGUGGAGCUGCAAGGAUACAACGCGCAAAAGGCCUCUUUCUCGAGCACCAUCCUCGUGAAGCAGAUUGGCCAUGCACUUUACACACUCACCCCACCCGGAUCCGACGAGAAGGAACAAUACCUCAUCACGCUACCCAACCUACAUAUCGAAUCGCUGAUCUACGGCACCCCCUUCGUCGAACUUGAAAAAUCAACCAAGAUUGUCAGCAGCACUGGCUAUGUCGCCAAGAUCGACUAUUCCGGUAAGGGCUGGUUGAGCGGUAAGAAGAACACCUUCUCCGCGAGCUUGUUCAAGGAGAGCGAGGGCGAGAAGAAACCUCUUUACACUGUAGAGGGUCAGUGGUCGGACAAGUUCACUAUCAAGGACGCCCACACCAAGGAUGUCAUCGAUACCUGGAACUCCAAGGAGACCCCCGUCACCCCGCUCUCCCUCGCACCCCUCGAGCAACAGGAUGUGUACGAGAGCCGACGUGCCUGGAACGACGUGGCCACCAACAUCCAGAAGGGUGACAUGGAUGCCGUUUCGGGAUACAAGUCGCGUAUCGAGAACGCUCAGCGCGAACUGCGCCGUGUUGAGAAGGAGGAGGGCCGCGAGUGGGAGCGCCGUUUCUUCAACCGCAUAGAGGAGAGCGCUGAGAACGCCCAGACCCAGCGUCUUGCCAAAUCGGCCGAUCUUACUCUCGAGACUGAUAAAACCGGUGGUAUCUGGCGCUUCGAUGCCCAGAAGGCAGCUGGUGCUCAGCCACCUUAUCACAAGGCCGGUGGCAAGGGCCUCGGCCUUACCGAAUAG